AUAUUCAGUAUGUCCAGACAAGCAUCUAGAUUGGAUCCAAAAAAAGUGAAUUCGGAGUUCUUAACACUCACGUAUGGUGCAUUGGUUACCCAAAUGCUGAGAGACAUCGAAAACAUAGAAGAUGUGAACAAGCAACUCGAACGCAUUGGCUACAAUAUGGGUAUGCGUCUAAUUGAGGAUUUCCUUGCACGCACUUCGGCCACUCGGUGUUUAGAAAUGAGGGAGACGGCCGACCGCAUCCAGCAUGCAUUCCGCAUUUACCUCAACGUACAGCCCACAAUAACGAAUUGGUCGGCGGCGUCCGAUGAAUUCUCAUUGCAAUUCGAAACAAAUCCACUAACCGAAUUUGUGGAGUUGCCACCAGACCUAACGAAUUUGCGCUACAGUUCUAUAAUAAGUGGGUGUAUAAGGGGAGCUUUGGAGAUGGUCCAACUGGAAGUGCAAUGCUGGUUUGUACAGGACCAGUUGAAAGGCGACAGCGUCACAGAAAUUCGAGUGAAAUUUAUAAGACGACUGGAAGAUGCCAUACCAGCUGGUGAAGACUAA